AUGGACGCGGUCGACGCGCUGCUGCGCGCGCUGCACGACGAGGUGGCCGAUCCGGAAGAAGACGCCUUCCUCGUCUUCUCCCAGCCGGUGCCCUCGCACGAACUUGGCAUUCUCGACCCCAAGGCCGCGUCGCUAGACGUGACGGUUGCCGGCCGCGACCUGACCAUCGCGCAGUCUCCCGGCCUGCUCACCUCCAACCGCGCCCUAGGUAGCACCGGCGCCGUCGUGUGGAAAGUCACGCCGCUCUUCGCCGAAUGGCUGGCGUCAGAGGACAACGUGCUCUUCAGGAGCCACGCCCUCACCCCGCACUCAACCGUUUUGGAGCUGGGCUGCGGCGUGGCUGGCAUCGUCCCAUUGGCGCUAGCGCCGCGCAUAGGCAGAUACGUUGCCACUGAUCAGGACUACGUGUUAAGACUGCUGAAACAAAACGUCGCCCAGAACACCAGCCUGCCCUCCAGCCGCCGCGCAAAGCCUCAGAAGCCACGCGCCAACCCUGGAGGUGCCUCGGCUGGCAACAUCGAGACGCUGACGUUGGACUGGGAGCGUGAUUCGGUCGCCGCCCUUCCCCAACAACUGAACCAGCAGUCUGACGCAUCAGAUGAUGUCGGCGUCGACGCCGUCAUUGCCUGUGACUGCAUCUACAACGAGGCGCUGAUCGAGCCUUUCAACAGCACCUGCGCUGAGAUAUGCGCCUUACGUGCGAAAGGCAGCCGCCCGACCUUCUGCAUCAUAGCCCAGCAGAGGAGGACGUAUGAAGUCUUCGAGCAGUGGCUGAUUUCUUUCCACAAACGGUUCCGAGUGUGGAAGCUGUCAGACGAGCACCUACCCGAAGGCUUGAAGGAAGACUCAGGCUUCAUGGUGCACAUUGGUGUUCUGCGGCAGUAG